AUGGUAGCAAGCUAUGUGUCCGAUGGCCAACUGGCCACGAACCUACAUCUGCUCGCUUGCGUGAAAGCAAACGAGAUCUCUGGUGUGAACGAAGCCAUUGAAGAAGGGGCGGACGUGAACUUUGCAAAUCUGCAAGAACCGAUCAACCUACAGACGCCGCUUCGCGCAGCUUGUGGUCUGGCAAACACAAAGAUGGCAAGGCUUCUGCUCAAGGAGACAGCCAAUGUUUUCGCCCACUUUGCACUUGAUGGCUGGACCGCUUUGCACAGUGCGUGCUACAGCGGCCAUGACCACUUAGCCCAGCUGCUGAUAGAAGAGGCUUCAAGUUUACAUGAGGGUACCUGGCAAGACGGAUGGGGCCUCAUGCACCUGGUGGCACUGUCAGUGACGGAUCGGCUGUACAAUCAUGGCGCUGCCCUCAUCCAGUGGCUGUUGAAGCAGAUGCCAGGUGUUGAGCUCAAUGCUCUGUCAAAGCACCCUGGGUUCUACGACUGGACACCUUUGCACGUCGCUGCCGCACGGGGCAUGACCCAAGCCUGUGGUGCUCUGCUCAAAGCCAAAGCAGACAUCCUGGCCACCUCUGGAGACUUCCACGUUAGCUCGCCACACCUGAACAAGUUUGCGAUAGCUGGAAGCAUUGCUUCCAUCGGUGCGGGCUUUGACAAGGUGGAGGGCCGCCAUCUGGACAAAGGCUUGCUCCCUCUCCACCUUGCUGCCUUUGGCGGCCAUGCACGGGCGAGCCAACUACUGCUGAGGCAGGCGCCGCGAACGCUUUGCAUCAUGACGCACCGACAUUGCUGGACGGUGCUGCUACAUGCAGUCUGGAGCAACAACGUUGAGCUGGUACAGGAACUCUGCAGACAGGGUGCUAGGAAAGUCAUCAAUGAGGCAGACCGGCGAGGAGAUGGGACAUCCUGGUCGCCUAUCUCUUUAGCUGUUGUUCGUGGAACGCCAGAGAUGGUGCAGCUACUUGUGGAAUACGGAGCUGACCCGUUGGUGCGACUGGCCUCCUCGGACUUCCCGGGCACUGCCUUCAUCAGGCAUUGCUCACUGGCAGUCCCGGAUGCAGCCGAUAACAGAUGGAGCGGACCUGAUACACGCGUUUCCUUGCUCCAUCUUGCCAUCUGCCGAGGAUGUAGUACCAUGGUACGAUCUCUGGUGGCACUGCUUCGCUCCACACAUCAGAAGCCCGCUCGCUUGAGCACCACCCGACCGCCCCUGACUGGCAGAGGCUCCGCGCCCUGGCAGGAUCUGAAACCCUCGAAGCCCAAGCUUCGAGGAAAGUCGGGUGCGCUGACACAGCGUUCAGUGGACAUCCAGGAGGAGGCUCGGGAGCGGCUUAUCAGCAGCCCUACCUCAGAGGCGCAAAGCAACGACCCGGUGACCUUCCGGACCAGCCAGGGAUGGUCCCCUGCCAUCUUAGCUGUCCUCCUUCAGACGGUGGACGCAGAGCGUAUGGUUUGCCCGUUUCCCAUCACUCGGGGUUUUCCUGAUCGAUCAGCAGGUUCUAGGGCCGAAGUUCUGCAAGAGCUCUUUGUGGGAGCUGUGUCCCCGCUGGCUGACCUCGAGGAUGACAAGCCUCUGCUGAUCCCGCAGAGGUUCCCAGAUGUUGCUGCCACCAUGGUGAACAUGGCCAUUAAUGAGUUCAUCCGUCUCUGCAGGGGCCAAGCAGCGGGAGACGUCGAACGGAUUCUGCACUCCACACUCUGUGCAGCAUGUCACCUCAAUCGGAUGCAGAUCGUCCAGCACCUGCUUGAAGCAGGUGGGUGCAACCCCCGCUGCGAGAACCUGAUGCCCAUCGAGCAGCGACCUUUGCACAUUGUAACGUCGCACGGCUACGGACGGCUCGCUCAGCUUCUUUUGGAUUACAAAGCGAACCCACUGGAGGCAGAUGAGAAUCGUCAACGGCCGGUUCUGAAACUCACGGAGUUCUUUGAGCAGCAGCUGCAGAGUUUGCAGGCACGAGUUAUGGAGUUGGAAGCGCAACUUUGUGUCGGGCAGGCCGAGAGUGUCUCUGCCAAGUCGUCCCCAAAGACGCGCGGUUCGUCUCGCGCGGGGCGCAAGACGGGUGGUGGCCCAAUCGACCUCGCGAGGUACGAAGCUCUGCUGCACGACUCCCGUCUUUGA